GGCUGGUGAUUCGUGCUGCGCAGCUACUCUGUGCAUUGCGGUAGGGCUGGAAGGACCAGAGCCCCAUUCAAGCAGCUGCAGCCAUUGCACAUCCCAGCAUCACCCACAUUCAACAGGCGCACCAGGCUGAGCGCAGCCCCCGCCAGCGCCGCCGCUUUGCAGCCCGCCCGCCCGCCAGCCCAGCGCCAUGGCCAAGGAGGGCGCGGAGAAAGCGGACGAGACGGAGCAGAUGAUCGAGAAGGAGGGAGGCAAGGAAGCUGCCGAGGGCGGCGGCGGCGGCAGCCUGCGGGCAGGGGACACCAAGGAGAUGCGAGCCGUGCUGCUGUCUGGCUUCGGGGGGCUCAACAAGCUCAGGGUGGCCAAGAAAGUCAUGCCGGAGCCUCAGGAAGGGGAGCUCAAAAUCCGAGUCAAAGCCUGUGGUUUAAACUUCAUUGAUCUGAUGGUGCGGCAGGGGAAUAUCGACAAUCCUCCCAAGACACCACUUGUUCCUGGAUUUGAGUGUUCUGGGAUCAUAGAAGCUCUGGGGGACAGUGUGGCAGGAUUUGAGAUUGGAGACAGAGUAAUGGCUUUCGUAAACUACAACGCCUGGGCUGAAGUAGUAUGUACCCCAGUAGAAUUUGUCUACAAGAUUCCUGAUGACAUGAGUUUUUCUGAAGCUGCUGCCUUUCCUAUGAACUUUGUAACUGCCUACAUGAUGCUCUUUGAAGUGGCCAACCUAAGAGAAGGCAUGUCUGUGCUGGUUCACUCUGCAGGAGGUGGGGUGGGUCAAGCCAUUGCUCAGCUCUGCUCAACGAUCCCUAGUGUUACUGUUUUUGGAACAGCUUCCUCUUUCAAGCAUGAAGCAAUCAAAGGUUCAGUAACUCACCUGUUUGACAGAAAUGCAGACUAUGUCCAAGAAGUAAAGAGAAUCUCAGCAGAAGGAGUAGAUGUCGUUCUGGAUUGUCUGUGUGGAGAAAAUACUGGAAAAGGCCUCAGUCUUCUCAAACCACUUGGGACUUACAUUUUAUAUGGUUCAUCUAAUAUGGUUACUGGGGAAACAAAAAGCUUCUUCAGCUUUGCAAAAUCAUGGUGGCAGGUUGAGAAAGUGAACCCUAUCAAGCUGUAUGAAGAGAAUAAAGUCAUUGCUGGAUUUUCUCUGCUAAAUCUACUUUUCAAACAGGGCCGAAGUGGCCUAAUUAAGGGUAUAAUGGACAAACUCAUAACACUGUACAAUGAGAAGAAGAUCAAGCCUCUGGUUGAUUCGUUAUGGGCUCUGGAAGAGGUGAAGGAGGCCAUGCAGAGAAUCCAUGACAGAGGCAAUAUAGGAAAACUUAUUCUGGAUGUGGAGAAGGCACCCACUCCACUGAUGGCCAAUGACAGCACAGAGACAAGCGAAGCAGGAGAAGAGGAGGAGGACCAUGAAGGGGACAAUGAGAAUAAAGAGCGCAUGCCAUUCAUCCAGUAACCGUUAGGAACAGGGGAUGGGGGAAAACAGAAAGAUUGAUUGAGGAGAAGGGAACAAGGCUGGGAACUCUAUUCUGUGCAUCAGUGAACAAAUGCUGUAGUACAGUGUGUGUUGUAUUUGUCUGCAGCCAGCUGAGCUAUAAAUUGUUGCUCAUUGUUGUUUUGAACUCAAGUGCCAUUCCCAUCCAGUGCAGUAUUAUGACAUUCCAUAGUGUGACGGCCAGUCUGUAGGAGUCCUAUUGAUUUUCUUUUCCUAUCUAAAAGCCUUAUUAACGUACUGCGUAAUUUUAGAUGGGCAUCUUUCUUCAUGUGAAUUUGUGUAAUGUUUUUUCAGUUCGGAGAUUUGUUUUUUUUUUAAUUCCCUGCCCAUCGUCUGGUAUUCUCCAGUAAUCAGAGGGAGGGCUUUCAGUUUGUGGACUUUCAGUAAAGAAGGUCAAAACAUAGCAUUUCUUUAUGAGACACAAAUAAGAGGCUGCAAAGAAGACAAAUUCUGUUUCCCUGAAUCGUGCUACUUCAUCUCAUAAACAGUUCUGUCUUAAGUUUUAAAAAAUACCUCAUUUGUAAACCUAGAUAAUAUAUGGUAGAGUCUGAAAGAAAAUGUGCCGGAAGUCAUUACUAAGCGGCUUUGAUUAGUGUUGUAUAACCGCAUUAGUCAUCAGCACUACAAAUUAAAUGGAAAUUGAUGCCUGGUGCCAAGUGUCAUGCUUACUGUUGAUCCCCCUAAUACCGUUCCCUUAUAUUACUUGCAAGGAAAAGUCAAUGGGCCACUUUUUCUGUCCAGUGCUUCUUAACCAUAUGAAACUUACCAAAUUUACUGUUGAUUCAACAGCACCUUUUCCCGAGGUUUAAUUUGAGCUGGCUGUGUCCAAAAGCCGAAGCAAGCAUACUCUUAGUGAUAUUUAAAAGCUGGCUGACAGUAGAGAUCAUUGUUCAGCACAUGGAAUAGAUGUUAUUUUGCUGGCUGAGUUUACACUUCUGAAAUCACUAAUGGACUAAUAAGCUGAGUAAUGGUGCCAAACUCCUACAAAGAUUAAUCAAUUUGAUCACAACUCUUAGGCCUCAAUUCCAUCAGCACUUAUGCACAUGAAUAACUUUACACAGGUCAGUAAUCCCGUUGCAGAUCUGUUCCCUUGUGUAAAGUUAGUCACGUGUGGAAAUGUUUGCAGGAUCGAGCCCUUAAGAACAUGUAGCAUAUCUACCUCCCAGUAAUGGAAACAAAAACAAAACAUGACACUGAAAUAAAUAUGCUUGUUCCUAUAUUCCAUUUACCCAAGUAGUAGCUACUCCGUUCUUCCAUGGUCCUUUUUUUUUUUUAAAUGACUGCAGCCACUCACAAUAGAAGCAGUAAAGGCAUGUCCAAGAUUUCAUAUUCUGACAAUUCCCUUUUGGAUUUAAUAUCUUUUUCACAAAAGAAAACACUUCUCCCAAAUGCCAAGUUAGCUCCUAAACCUUAUCAGCAUUAUGUAGUGAUCAAAGUGAAAAAUGGGUUUCUCAGGCUUUUCUCAAUGUGAUGGGAAAGAUAGGUCUGGAUGACUUGUGUGUGUGGUUUUAGAAGAUUCUCUUUUUUUUUUUAACCCCCCUUCCUCUUUUCCUGUUUAAUCCAUGCUCCCUGAGUAGCAAUGUCCAUCUCUUUACUCUGUGCUCAUGCAGUUGCUGCUCUAAUACUAAUUAAUUGUGCAGAAUGUUCAUUUUAAAUGGGUUUACCGUGGAUUGAAAAAAAAUUACAAAUAAUGAAACAAAGCCAAAUAGUCAGUUUAUAGAGAAAAAUGCCACAGAAAAAGCUGUUGUUGAAAUACAAAACAGAAUUUCAGUUUUUUAUAGCAGAACUUCAGCAUAAUGGUAUCAUCUUGUAAUGCUGGUAUUUAUCUAAGGUAUUAGUGCCACAUUAGGCCCAAGUUUGCCAUCAGAAUGCAGCCCAAAUGAAUUCAGUGAGAGUUUUACAUGCUUUGGGACUGCUAAAUUGAGCCUUUAAAGGAAUCACCAUUUAGUUUUUGUCACAUAAGAUGACGACAGUAAGAAAAAUGGUUGGUUAUCUUUGUUUAAAAGUUACUGUAGCAAUUUUGUCCUGCAACACACUUAAAACAUAAUUCAUGACUUUUCAUUUGACACCAAACUGAGCAAUAUUGCUAGUAACCCUGAGCUGGCAGCAAAGUGGCAUUCCCAAGGCCUUAGAUAACUAGGGCAAGCAGAGUAACAAACCAGGUCUUCUGUUAAUACCACAGUCUUGGUGGGACGGCACUUACAUUUCCUUUUGAGUCAAAUAAAGAUUAACAUUCCUAGAGUAUCUGUAGCAAUGGUAGAGGACAAUGAUAAAAAGAAACCCUUUUUCUCAUUGUUUCUGGUUAUUUUAGUGAGGCAAAAAUACUUCUGAUGCAACUCAUGCCAAUUUAGGGCCAGUUCCUGAGCUCCAAAAUGUCCCCUGAAAGGGCUGGAGAAAUUCCACAGGAUACAAUGAAUUUCCUCCAGAUCUACCCUCUCCUAACCUAGGCUAACUUCUACUCUUCAUUACACUGGUGUAAAUCUGGACUAAAUGAAGAUCCUGUCCUGCUUCCAUUGAAAUUAAAUGCAAGUUUUGCAAUUAGCUUCAGUGGAAGCAGGACUGGGCUGUGAGAGCAGAAUUUGACCCACUAGCCCUAAGAGUUUACUGAAACUUCACAAAAGGUGGCAUCUCUUUUGUCUGGCAUGUUACAGGCCAUUCAGAAGAAAAUGGUAGUAGGUAGGCUGUUAUUACUGAACAAAACCCUCUCACAGUCUAAACAAAUAUUUGCAUUUACCACUUGCUAACUCUGUCAGUUAAACAACUCCUCUCUAGAUAAUUGAUUGGUUUGAAAUAAAUUAUUUCUCAAUUUUGCCUUAAGGAACUGUGAAACCUUCUCUUUAACUUAAGUCUGAUUGAAGUGAACUGAAACGUUGUUUAAUUGUCUUGUUGCUUUAGAGCUUUUGUUAUAUUGUGCCUACAAAGCAAAUUAUGUUUACAUAAAAAUAUAAAUAAAAUAUUACGU